GUUGGAUCCAACCAAUCUCCCGUCGCCCUCUUUCCUCUGCUUUGCGUGCGCGCCGUGCCGCGCCCUCCUUUUGGAGCCUUGCGCCGCGUUCCUUCCCCCUGUCCGAGUCCGCCUCGUCGUGUCCACCGCCUCACGUCGUGUGCUCUCCUUUUGGUGCCGUUUCGGCAUCUGUGCUCUCCUCUUCUUUGUCUUCCUCCUCGUCGCUUUUGCAACGCUAGCUCUUCUUGUCCCCGCGCGCCUCGCCCGCCUCUGCGUCUGCUCAGUCGUUAUUGGCUGACGCCAUUGUGCGCGAGCUGUGCGCGGUGACCAUGUCGUCGGCGGUCGAGGCCAUGUCCCACUCCAGCAAGGGCAUUCCCGCCGGGCCGGAGGAGGCGGCGGCCAAGAACGCUGUGCCCGCGGAGCACGGCAACGGCGCGGCGAACGGCAAGUGCGGCGAGGCGCCGCCGCAUUGCCGCAAGGACGUCGACGAGGAGGAGGAGGACGUCGACGAGGACGAGAAGGCCCCUAAGGUCAUCGACCUCGGCCCCAGGGUCAGCAUCAAGGACCAGUUCGAGAAGGACAAGGACGACGAGAGCCUGCGGCGAUGGAAGGAGCAGCUCCUCGGCAGUGUGGAUUUGAACUCCGUGGGAGAGACGCUGGAGCCGGACGUGAAGAUCACGAGUCUGUCGAUCCUGUCGCCCGGCCGGCCCGAUAUCUUCCUCCCCCUGCCGGUGGAGCCCAACGCCAAGGGCGUGUGGUUCACCCUCAAGGACGGCUCCCCUUACAGGCUCAAGUUCACCUUCUCCGUCAGCAACAACAUCGUGUCCGGCCUCCGCUACACCAACACCGUCUGGAAGACCGGCCUCAAAGUUGACCGAGCCAAGGAGAUGCUCGGCACGUUCAGCCCCCAGCUGGAGCCCUACACGUACGUGACGCCGGAGGACACCACCCCGUCAGGAAUGUUUGCCCGGGGAUCGUACUCCGCCAGAACGAAGUUCCUCGACGACGACCGGAAGUGCUACCUGGAGAUCAACUACACCUUCGACAUACGCCGGGAGUGGCCGUCGACGAGCUGAGCCUUUGUCGGCGGCGACGAGACCUGCUUCGGUUACGACUUCACCGUUCCUAUGCGAGAGCAGAUCAUCCGUUUCGUUUGUGUCUUGCUUUUCUGUCUGGUACUCUGGUUCGUCCUGUCCGUAGGUUCUCAUCAUGUGCGCGCAUGUGUUUCAGUGUGUGAAUAUCGCUUCCUUGUUUGAUUGUUCAUUGUAGCACUGUCAGGUACUCACGUCGGUCAAUCUACGCGCGCGCCUUGAGCUUUUGUCAGGGUCUCGUUUUCGAAC